AUGAAUCGUGGUAGUGGACGUGAUAAAUUUGGUGGUGGUGGCAGUCGUAGCUUUAAUAGUCGAGGUGGUGGAAGCAGUGGCAGCCGGGGAGGUAUUGGUGGUCGCGGCUGUCCACGUAGCUUCAGUGGCCGUGGCGGUGGACCAGGUGGUAACCGUUUUGGUGGUGGUUUCGGCGACAGAAAAUAUGAUUUUGGAAGUCGGAAUGCUUCUGGUGGUAACAGUCUUCGCCCAAUUGAUUGGAGUCGUGAAAAUCUUCGACCAUUCGAAAAGAACUUUUAUCGGGAACAUUCUGCUGUUACGCGCAGGGAACAGGUUGAGAUAGACAAGUGGUUUACGGAUUACCAAGUUACCGUUGAAGGGAAUGAUCUUCCUCGUCCAGUUUUCGAUUUUAAGGAAGCAGGUUUUCCGCAAGUUCUCACAGAUAUGCUUUUUGCAAAUUUCCAAAAACCAACAGUUAUUCAAUCGAUAUCAUGGCCAAUUGCAUUGAGUGGUAGAGAUAUGGUUUCAAUAGCAAAAACUGGUUCCGGAAAGACUUUCGCGUUCAUUCUUCCGGCAAUUGUUCACACAGCGGGACAACCACCGCGAGGUCAUCAAAAGAGUCCAUCAGUAUUAGUGCUUUUACCAACCAGAGAAUUGGCUCAACAGGUCGAAGAAGUAGCGAAAGAUUACUGCAGAGCAACAGAUCUCUCGAUAACAUGUUUAUUCGGUGGUGCUCCGAAAGCCGCACAAGCUCGUGAUCUUGAAAGAGGUGUUGAUAUCAUAAUUGCGACACCAGGCCGUUUAAUGGAUUUUUUGGAAGUAGGUAAAACCGACCUUCGACGGUGCACUUAUCUGGUACUUGAUGAAGCUGAUCGAAUGUUGGAUAUGGGGUUUGAACCGCAAAUUAGAAAAGUUGUUUCACAGAUCAGACCUGACCGACAGACGCUCAUGUUUUCGGCAACUUGGCCAAAAGAUGUUAGAAAAUUAGCAAUGGAUUUUUUGACCGACGCAGCGCAUCUGAAUGUCGGCUCUCUGGAAUUAUCUGCAAAUCAUAAUAUAACACAGAUUGUUGAAAUUAUUGAUGAAUCGAAUAAGCAGCAGCGUCUUAUGUCUAUUCUUAGUGACAUUAUGAAUAAGGAGGAUUUUAAAACCAUAAUUUUUGUGGAAACAAAGCGCAAAGCAGAUGAUUUGACACGUUGGAUGCGACGAGACGGUUGGCCGGCUUUGUGUAUUCAUGGUGAUAAAGGUCAAUCGGAGCGUGAUUGGGCAUUGAGUGAGUUUCGAAGUGGAAAAACGCCAAUUCUAUUAGCAACUGAUGUGGCUGCUCGUGGAUUAGAUGUCGAUGACAUAAAGUACGUUAUAAACUUUGAUUACUCGAAUAAUUCGGAAGAUUAUGUGCACCGUAUUGGUCGAACAGGACGACGUGAUAAAACUGGCAUUGCAUAUACAUUCUUCACCUAUGCAAAUGCUCCAAAAGCGAAAGAUCUUAUAAAAGUUUUGGAAGAGGCGAAUCAGAAUAUACCUCCAGAAUUGCAUCAAAUGGCAAAGGAUAAUUUCAGUGGCGGACGUGGAAGAUAUGGUGGAGGUUACAAGCGAAAUUAUGGUGGAAGCGGUGGGGAUUUCGCCAAGAGGCCUCGAUUUGAUGCGCCAACACGAAUGAGUUAUGGUGAUGGAUGGUGA